AUGCAGCGGUGCCUUUUGGGAAAAAAGAAAGAUCGGAGAAUGGGCUCAUCGAAAUCGAAAAAUCGUGGAGAGAUUAUAGCAAAAUGUAAGGCACCUGGUUAUUGCAUAAAAUGCACGAUGUUGCUGUCUUAUGAUUCUUUUGAACAAGCAACGAAUGAUAUUGCCUUGUCAUUGAAAGCUCAUCGAACGAAUACAAUUGAUACAAGUCCUUAUGCAACAAUGAAUAUGGAUGUUACAUGUAUUGGUGCACCUGUUUUAGGAAAAUAUAUAUUAGCGGCUGGGCAUGAUCAGUAUUGCGAUUUUUAUGAAUCAUCCGGAUUUUCAUCAGUAAGAAUAGCUGAAUCAGAUCAAAAAAAUUUUCUAUCUCUAGACUUCAGGAAAAUUGCUCGAAUAACAUCUGUCAAGAAGCCGAAAGAGUCAUAUCAAAAAAUAGUUCGUUUUGAUAAGAAUGAGGAAAUUUCACAAAUAAAUUCGAGGAAAGUGUUCACAGGUGGUGCUGACGGCAUUGUACGAAUUUGGAAUCUCGAUUCGAUACGAAAAUUGGGAAAUAAUGUGGAUGGCGUACCUCUCUUGCAAAUAGCUGCACAUGAAGGAACUGUUGAUGAUUUAGAUAUUUCUGCAGAUGGUAAAAUUUUAAUUAGCACUGGACAUGAUGCAAAAGUUUUUUUGUGGGAUGUUAUUGAAGGUCAUAAAUUAUUGCAAGUGAAUGCUCCAGAAUCACUCAAGAGUCAGUUUCGGCCACGUUCUGUUCGUUUUACACCGUUGGGAUCAACAAAUUUUAUUUUUGUUAUAUCUUACAAUCAGAUUAUACGAUCAUCAAAGUCGCAAUCAUUUCUGUCAUUGUGGGCCUAUAAUCGCGAUCGGAAUACAUGUAAUUUAAUUGUACUUAACGAAGCAUGUAAGGAGUUCAUAUCUGCGAUGGCUUUAAGUGAAUGUGGAAAUUAUACUGCAAUAGGGACUAUCAGUGGUAGUGUUGAUAUAAUUACAACAAGGAUAUUAAAUAACGAUAUAUGUUAA